AUGAACUUUGAACUCGAGGGUAAGAAACUCUCGUUGGGCGUUGCCUUCACCACUUCUUGCGGCUUCCUGCUCUUUGGUUACGACCAAGGAGUCUUGGGCGGCCUCAUUGAAAACGAAAGCUUCCAGUCAACCUUCCGGCAACCUAGUCAAAUGGUGAUCGGACAGAUUACUGCAACCUAUGACCUCGGGUGUUUCUUCGGUGCCAUAUUCUGCAUGGUCUAUGGAGAUCGACUUGGUCGUCGGCUUUCCAUUGUCCUAGGAUGUCUCGUGCUCACGAUCGGGGCCGUAAUACAAACAGCGCCGUUCAGCGUAGCGCAGAUGAUCGUCGGUCGAUUCAUUGCUGGGCUGGGAAACGGCCUCAACACAACUGCAAUUCCAGUCUGGCAGUCGGAGAUGUCCAAGCCUCAACACCGCGGUCGUCUGGCCGUUCUCCACCUCGUCCUCAACCAACUAGGCAAUGUGACAGCCCAGUGGCUCAAUUUUGGACUUGGAUACAUCGGCCAUCAGCAAGUCUCCUGGAGAUUCCCGAUUGCCUUUCAGAUUUUCUACGCUCUUGUUACGAUCGUCCUGCUUCCAUGGUUACCUGAUUCGCCACGCUGGCUCAUUCAAAAGGGUCGGCUCGAGGAAGCCAAGGCUGUCACAGCCCGACUCCAUGCCAAAGGUAUCCAUGAUCCCGAUUUAUUGGCUUUGCAUGAAGCAUCCGUUCAAAGUGUUCAACAUGAGCUUGAAGUCUCAAAGGUCAGCUGGCGCACUCUCUUGCAAAGGGACAGCCUACAGACCAGAAAGAGAGUCCUCCUAGGAAUGGGUACUCAGUUAAUGCAGCAGUGGGGCGGCAUCAAUGCAAUCAAUUACUAUUUGCCCGUUGUGUUUGCCUCUCUGCAAGUCUCCCGCCAAAUGUCACUGAUCCUAUCCGCUUGUAAUGCGAUCAAUGUUAUGGUUUUCACAGCCGUCGGCAUGACAGUCAUUGAGAAGGUUGGCCGGAAAAAGCUCAUGAUAUGGGGCGCCGUGGGCCAAGGGACUUGCUUUGCCCUGCUGACGGCCGGCUUGGGUGUUGGAGGAAGUCGAUGGUCAGCAGUGGCAAUUGCCUUCGUGUUCGCUUUCUAUACUGUGUUCGGCAUGUCCUGGAUUGCCAUACCGUGGAUGUAUCCGGCAGAAAUAAACACCCAAUCCUGGCGCAACCGUGGCGCUGGACUUGCGACUGCGACCAACUGGAUCUGCAACUACGCCGUUGUCUUGGUGACCCCCAUUGGUAUCGAGAACAUUGAUUGGAGGUACUAUAUAAUUUAUGUUGUUUUGAACUUUUCUUUUGUUCCUGUUAUUUCUUUGUAUGUGGAAACUGCCGGUUUAUCUUUGGACGAGAUUGACAAAAUCUUCGAGGGACAAACAUACAGCGCUCCUCUGGAUGUGUUGGAAGGUGGGGCUACCAGUGACAAUGAAGAAGGCAAAGCUAGACAGGAUGAGAUCGACAGUGAAUGGGUUGAAGCUGUUGAUACAAACAAGUGA